AUGUUCAGUGAAUGCACGUUCUCUGACAAUAAUGUGAGAUGGAAAUUCGACUGGGAUGAGUUGAAGCCACACGGAGUAUUCGGACUCACUGGACAUAUCAAAGCAACAAUUCGUGGUCAAGUGCACACCGUUAAUGUAGAUGUUAAAAACCCUGUCAACACUGUCCUAUUCCGUUAUUCUCAAGAUAAUAUUUUCUUUACCACUUACGAACCAUUUAACUUCAAAUAUGCUCUGGUCGCCCGUUAUCUUCCAAUCAAACAGUAUGAUGCCCUUUUUCUGCCUUCCGAUUUUACUGAUAUCGUUUUAAAGGUAGAAGACAAAACGCUUCAUGUCAACAAAGUGUUCCUCUCGAUUCACUCCGAAUACUUCCGCGCACUCUUCUCAGAAAACUCCAAAAAAGGACAAAUUAAUGAGAUUGAAAUUAUGGAAGCUUCUUAUAUAGAUAUAUGUUUGCUAUUCGGCACGAUAUAUCCAGAAACCAUCUUUCCAGAUGACAGCACUGUUGACAAGUUACUGGAACUUGCGGAUCGCUUCAUGAUGCCGUCUGUAAUCCGCCACGUCGAGUAUCAUCUUCUGAAUAACACCAAAAUCAAAAAUGAGAAGUUGAUGUGUUUGGCUGAUAAGUUUGGCAUGACGAAACUUUUGGACAAGACCAUAAAGGAAAUCAGAAGCAUUCAAGAAGCAAAACUUUUAAAAACUUGUGAAGCGUGCAAGGAGUUGUCUGAAAGCACUAAAGCCAAGCUGUAUCACAGAUUAAUGGAAAUUAUUUAG